CUUCACGUUCAUCUCUCUCUCCUUCUAGCAUGGCGUUUCCAAGAUUGUAUAGCCUCUGCAUUUUCGCUUCUCUUUUUCUCUCUUUGUUACGGCAUUCGGUCUCCGGCUCCGGCUCAAUCGGAAUCAACUACGGCCGAAUCGCCGACGACCUUCCUUCUCCGGCGAAGGUUGUUCAGUUGCUCAAGAGUCAGGGAAUCACCAAAGUCAAGCUCUACGACACCGACUCCACGGUUCUCGACGCGCUUUCCGGAUCGGGAAUAUCCACUACAGUCGCGCUUCCCAACGAACAGCUCUCCGCCGCCGCGGCUAGCCAGUCGUUCACCGACCGGUGGGUCCAGUCCAACAUCGUACCGUACAAGUCCAUCAUCGAAACCGUCGCCGUCGGCAACGAAGUGUUCGUCGACCCGGCGAACACCACCCCGUACCUCGUGCCGGCUAUGAAAAACGUUUACGCUUCUCUGGCCAAAUACGGCGUCGCUCCCUCCGUCAAAGUCUCCUCGCCCAUCGGCUUCAGCGCCAUGCAAACUUCGUACCCUCCUUCCUCCGGUUCGUUCAAGCCGGAGCUGAUUCCGGUGAUUAAGCCCAUGCUGAGUUUCCUCGAGCAAACCGGUUCGUUUCUAAUGUUGAACGCCUACCCCUUCUACGCCUAUGAAGCUAAUACCGACAAGAUUUCCCUCGACUACGCGGUGUUCGGAGAUAACCAAGGCGUGGUGGAUCCUAACAAUGGCCUUGUUUACAAAAGCCUGUUCGACGCGCAAGUCGACGCCGUCUACGCCGCCAUUAACGCCGUCAAACCCGGCCAUUUUAGGGUGGUGAUUUCCGAGAGCGGAUGGCCGUCGAAGGGCAACAGGAAUGCAGCGGCGUACAACGGGAAGAAGGCCGCCGUGAACGCAGCGGCGUACGACGGGGAGACGGGCCCCGCGAGCGCCGUGAACGCAGCGGCGUACAACGGGAAUUUGGUCCGAAGAGUGCUCACGGGGGGUGGGACCCCCUUGAGGCCCGACGAGCCUCUUAGCGUCUACUUGUUCUCUCUGUUCAAUGAGAACCAGAAGUCCGGUCCCAUCUCCGAGAGAAACUACGGGCUUUUCUAUCCCAACGAGCAAAAGGUUUAUGACGUCCCGCUGACGCUAGCGGCCCUCGGGAAUAGAGGGAGUAAAGCUCAGGUCCCUCCGACGUGGUGCGUGGCCAACGGCGACGUCGGGCCGGAGAGGCUCCAGGUGGCGCUGGACUACGCUUGCGGCCAGGGAGCAGCGGAUUGCGGUCCGAUUCAGCCCGGGUCCACGUGUUACAAUCCUAACACCCUUGUGGCCCACGCUUCCUACGCCUUCAACAGCUACUACCAGAAGAACGCACGUGGCCCUGGCACGUGCUACUUCGGUGGUGCUGGCUACGUUGUCACCCAGCCUCCCAGAUUUGGUAGUUGCGAGUUCCCAACAGGGUAUUGAUAAAGUAAGUAUAAAUUUGAUGUUGAAAUAAAAAUGGAAAAUAUGAAAUAAAUGUAGGAGAUGCAACUUUAACUCCAAGUCGCAGUUUUGUUGCCCCCUACUCUAAGGGGGUGUUUGGUUCACGGAAUCUUAAAUUACCUAGGUAAUAUGAUUAUCUCCCGAAAGGUAAUAUGAGAUUUUGAGAAUGUAAAAUUACCUUUAUGUGUUUGGUUUGAAUUGUGUAAUAUAAUAUUAUCUUGUUUGGUUAACUAUUA